GGGGCGGGGCCUCAGGCGUGCCCGCCCUCUUCCCCCGGCGUGCCCCGCGGCAGGCGCUGACGUGGCUGCCGUCAGCGCCGCCAUCUUGUGGGAGCGAAACCAACGCCUGGCUGGGAGCAGCCGCCGCGGAGGUCAUAUCAGACUUUGGACAUACCGAGGUGAUCAGCUGAACUGUGUGCUUAGAGCUAGCAGUUCUUGAGGUCUCUGGCCAGUAUCGCUUCCACCUGUCCACAAGCAUGGGGAAUAUCUUUGCAAACCUCUUCAAGGGCCUUUUUGGCAAAAAAGAAAUGCGCAUUCUCAUGGUGGGCCUGGAUGCAGCAGGGAAGACAACAAUUCUAUACAAACUGAAGCUGGGUGAAAUUGUGACCACGAUUCCCACCAUUGGUUUCAAUGUGGAGACAGUUGAGUACAAGAAUAUCAGCUUCACCGUGUGGGAUGUGGGCGGCCAGGACAAGAUCCGGCCGCUGUGGCGCCAUUACUUCCAGAAUACCCAAGGCUUGAUCUUCGUAGUGGACAGCAAUGAUAGAGAGCGUGUGAAUGAGGCCCGUGAAGAGCUCAUGAGGAUGCUAGCUGAAGAUGAGCUCCGGGAUGCUGUUCUCUUGGUGUUUGCCAACAAGCAGGACCUCCCCAAUGCCAUGAAUGCGGCCGAAAUCACAGACAAGCUGGGGCUGCACUCUCUACGCCACAGGAACUGGUACAUUCAGGCCACCUGUGCCACCAGCGGGGACGGGCUCUAUGAAGGACUAGACUGGCUGUCCAAUCAGCUCCGGAACCAGAAGUGAACCAGACCCCUCCCUCCCCCUCACUUCCUCUUCUCCGCCCUCCGCUUUCCUCUCAUGUGGCAAACGUGCGACUCUGUGGUCCUGAGUGCCAGAAGCUGUCUCCAUGGGUUGGUCACAGUGUGCAUCGCACCGUGCUGUACAUGUGCAGACGCAGCCUGCAGCCAGGUUUUUAUUUAAUGUAAAUAGUUUCUGUUUCCACUGAGGCAGUUUCUGGUACUCCUAUGCAAUAUUACUUAGCUUUUUUAUUGUAAAAAAGAGAAUCAACUCACUGUCAGUACUGAGAAGGGAUUUGGGUGUAGGGGCACCUGGCCUCCGGGAGCCAUUGGGCUAUAGAGUGGUGUCAGUAUCCAUUUGGUGGUUGGUUUUUAACCCAAACUCAGUGCAUUUUUUAAAAUAGUUUAAAAAAAAAAAUACAGGACAAGAACACUUGAACACACAGAACGGAGACUAUGCCUAGUGUAGGUUUUGCAGUAAUGGCCUGAAUGCUAGUCCAUCGGAUCACCUGUUCCCCUGUGGGAACAGGAGAGAAGGUGACAAACCACCAUCCGCUGCAUGGUCACAGUAGAGCCCCCGUGACUCGCCUGUCUUUGGGUCACCUGCAUUCCAUAGCAUUGUGCUUGUACUUGUGCUCACAUGGUCACCUAGGGGUUGGCUGGGAGCCAUUGUGGGGUGCAGGGCCUGGCUUGGAUUUGGUGUGUGGCCGGGCCGGAUGGCAGCCUACAUACCCAGCUUACUCUUGGGCCCACUUGGACGCGCUGGCAGGAGGCCUGGGUCUCACCAGCAAGACCGCGUGCAAGCUGGGAGGGUCGAUCCAUUCCAGACCCACAUCCUGGAGCACCCCCAUCUCCAUGUGUGAAGUAGCUUUCUCCCUCAGCCUGCAAGGGUCCGAUUUGCCAUCGAAAGACGACCUCUACUUUUUUCUUUUGUAUUUUGAUAAACACUGAAGAAGCUGGAGCUGUUAAAUUUAUCUUGGGGAAAUCUCAGAACUGGUUUAUUUGGUGUUGUGGAACCUCUUACUGCUUUCAAUACACAAUUAGUAAUCAACUGUUUUGUAUACUUGUUUUCAGUUUUCAUUUCGACAAGCACUGUAAUUAUAGCUAUUAGAAUAAAGUCUCUUAACUAUUUGA